GUUCUCUCUCUUUCUACCGUUCUCUAUCUCACUGUCAGCUAAACCCAGUAACUACAGCCACAGGGAGGGAGGAGAAACACCGAACAGCUGGCAUUUCCGCUACGCCACAUACUGUAGAGGGGAAAAGAAAAGAUUAGGAGAAGGAAACAGAAAAGGAAAUAUUUAAGUCAAGUGGGUAUCCCAGAAGACAGACAUCCUAAUCUCACUCUCGGUAGACACAAAUGAAAGCAUAAAAGCAGUGUCACCAUGCCUGGGUUGAUCAACAAGGAAAGGCAGAAUGCCCUGCCUCUUAGUGUCUCCGAAAUCACUUCCUGUGUCAGAGGUUACACUCUGGCCCUGACAGCAUCCAUGACCUACAAUAACUUUGAAGACCAUCCCAUUGAAGGUAUCUUCAUUUAUCCGCUGGAAGAAUGCUCUACCGUAGUGGGAUUCGAGGCUAUGAUCUCGAGCCAGAUAAUUACGGUGCAAAUCAAGGACAAGUCCAAAAUGGACGACUGUUACCUUGAUUACUGCACUACAGCUAAUGGAGCCCCUCAGAGUGGCAGUGGACAUAUUGUGCUGGAUGAGGACUUGGAGAGGACAGUGUUGGUCGUGAACCUGGGGAUCAUCCCUCCCCUGGAGACGGUCCACGUGUUAGUAAGCACCUCCUCUGAGUUGCCCACCCUUCCCAAUGGGGGCAUCCGGGUUACCUCACCCCCAGUGUGCACCCCCAGGGUCCAGAGGACCAUCAACGAGGAGCAGGGACUCAGCCCAAACUUCCAGAACCGAACGAGGGACAGCAGACAUAGUUGUGCCCUGGGGCCACUUGACCAGACGCCCCAGUUGUGCAUGGCCCUGCUGUUAGAGGAAGAGGCAAUCAACUCCAUUGACUACGAGUUUAGCUUUCAGCUGGAGAUCAGAGCCCCCUAUCUCCUUGCAGGUGUGGAAAGCCCCUCUCACGCCAUCCGGGCCGACGCAGACCCCCUGGCCCGCUCGGCCACCAGCGUUGUCAUCACCCUGGCUGACAAGUACACCUACGACUGCCCUGUGGAGAUCCUCAUCUACCCCAGCGAACCUCAUCUGCUGCAUGUGCUGAUUGAGGAUGGAGACAUGACACUGGAGGAAUACGAUGAGCACCUCACUGGGAAAAGUGACUACAUCAAGGCCACCAAGAAAGACUCCAGCAAUGACAAGAAGGUGGAAAUCAUUCGGAAGCGUCUCCACAAAGACAUCCUCCACAACCCUGUGGUCAUGCUCAACUUCUGCCCAGACCUGAAGUCCAUGACCUCUGACCUGAGGAAGGUGCAUGGAGAGUUAAUCUUCCUCAUCGACCGUAGUGGUAGCAUGAGUGGGGUUAACAUCAACCGGGUCAAGGAUGCCAUGGUGGUGAUCCUGAAGAGCCUUGUGCCUGCCAACAUGUUUAAUAUCAUCGGAUUUGGCUCCACAUUUAAAUCCCUCUUUACUACUAGUCAAAGCUAUGAUGAGGAAACAGUUGCCAUGGCUUGUGAGUACAUCAGGAAGAUUCGGGCUGACAUGGGUGGCACAAACCUCCUGGCGCCGCUCAACUGGAUCCUGAGGCAGCCCAUGCAGGCUGGUCAUCCACGCAUACUCUUCCUUCUUACAGACGGGGCCGUCAGCAACACAGGGAAGGUCAUAGAGCUGGUCCGCAGCCACGCCCGCUUCACCAGGUGCUACACCUUUGGCAUCGGUCAGAGUGCCUGCAAAAGGCUGGUGACGGGACUAGCCACGGUUUCCAAAGGAACGGCCGAGUUCUUGGCAGAAGGGGAGAGACUCCAGCCCAAGAUGAUCAAGUCCCUGAAGAAAACCAUGGCCCCGGUGCUUAGUGACAUUUCCAUCGACUGGUUGUUCCCAGAAACCAAGGAGGUGUUGCUUUCCCCAGUGGGCUCCACCUUCCUGUUCCCUGGGGAUCGUCUGAUUGGUUACAGUGUCGUCUGUGACACCACACGUUACCACCCUAACCCCAAGUCUGAUAAGAGGAGGCGUUACAGCAUGAUGCGUUCCAAUGGUUCAGCUAGCUCAGUUUUCUACCAGUCUCAAGAGGAGGACCCAGGCCGGACCACUGGCUUUACUGACAGUCAGGGAACAUACAGGGACGUACACUCCGGCCCUUUGUUUGACUACAACCAGGAAGGCGUGUCAGAGAGCAGCUCUGGACCCACAGAACAUGACAUUAUGGGGAUGGACAGUAAAACAUCCCAUAGAAGACGUGCAUAUAGCACCAACCAAAUAGUGGACCACAGCUCCUGCGUGAAGAAGACCUACACUCCCAGUGACCCCAGUUCAGCGGAUGGGAAGAACCCACUGAGGAGAGCCAAGGUCCAGGAGCUGAUUGGCCAGACCAGCCCUGACUACAGAGCCCAGUGGAAUAAUAACUACCAGCCACAGCUGGUGAACAUGUGUGCUACGUCUGUCAUUGCCUCCAGAGGGCACCAUACCAAUGAAGCUUCUUACUGGCCAUCUCCACAGCAGGAAGGGAUACCCCAAGAUGUGAACCCAGAGCAAGCCCAGGCCCCUGGCUCCAACAUGCAGGUUGGGGCCACUAGGAACAGGGGGGAACCAGAUACAGCCCCAGGAGUCAGAAACGCUGGCGGGGAGGACAGUUCCUCCUCCACUGAUCCCUCUGUUGGAAGCUUAGGAGACACAGACUGCUACCCUAACCAACUGUGUGAGAUAGAACCCUCCCAAGACCAUUUAGCCACCCUGGACCCAAACACCACAUCAGAACCUCAGGAUGUGGCGAAGGGGGACUGUAAGGCUGUGGUGUCAGGCCUGCUCUGUGGGAAGCCAGUCAAGUGGGAGGUGACCUUUGACAUAACCCCUUACCUGAAGGGUAGAGAGCGUGAGGAGAAGGUUCACGAGGAUCUCUGGAACGAAACCUUCCACCACCUGGCCGGACAUUCCAUCAUUCAGGACUUUGAGCAUAUGGCGGAUAAGGAGUGUGAGAUUGAGCAUGGUUCUGGCAGAAGAUACCGCCUGUAUGCUAUUCACACUAGCAAGGCCUGCAACAUCCUCAGUAAAUACACUGCCUACGUCCCCGUCGAUCUGGACACUAGUGAAUAUCUACAGACGUCUAUCGACUACAUCAGUGCAGGUGAUGGUUUGAAGAGGGGCUCUCAGUCCAGCUCUCGCUCGGGGAGCAGGAAAAACCCAGAUUACUCAGUUGGACUUGGACGAUCCCAGUCCAGCUGCAUGUCAGAGGAUGUUGUGGAUGGAAGCCUCCCUGUUGGUGUGGAAGAUAAUGCUUCUACCUGUAGCACGCCCUCCUCCUCUGGCUGGGAAAGAUGCAGCUUUACAGAGAACUCUCAGAGGAGCCCGUCGGUGACCUCGGACCAAUCACAGAAGUCAGUGGAGAGUCUCUUCUCAGCCAGGCUGGCUCUGAACCGGACCCGACUCCUGACCCGUGCCGCCAGGGGCUUCAUGUUUCGCACACACAGCAGGACCAGCGAGUCCAUUGGGGAGAACGAGAAUGAGAACAAAGACUACAUUCCUCUGGUGUCCUUACAGAUGGCUUGUGGCGCGUUCCGCCUGGACAGCGCUCUCUGUGAGGCCAUCGGCGUGCCCAUGGACAAGCUGAAGUGGACGUCACCCUUCAACAGCCACAGGGUCAGCCUGGGUCACCACGUCUCCCAUGCCGCCGUCCACCGCUCAGACGGCAGCGCUGUGAACGACGGCCAAAGGCCCUCCUCUCCACCUCUGUUUAAGGGUUCUUCUAAGGAGACCGAGAUGGGCCUGACGGGCCACUACCAGCACCAGCCUGGAGACCUGGCCGUCUGCAGCCACAGCCAGGAGGUCAUCCGCCCCCUUACGCCUACCGCCUCCGCCUUAGCCAAGCUCCCUUUCUCCUCUCACUCCCAGACUGACAGUGGACUGGGCUCUGAAGCGGAGAGCGUGGAAAUGACACCAGCUGGCGGGAAGAAGCUGGAUACAGAGGGCAUGGUGUGGGCAUCGGCUGUAGCUCUGGCCUGGCUGGAGCACAGCUCAGCCAGUUACUUCAUCGAGUGGGAGCUGAUAGCGGCUAAGGCUAGCAUGUGGCUCAGUGCCCAGAGUAUCCCUGAAGGAAAGGACUUAGCCGCGGUCAAGUCUGCUGCAAAUCAGCUGUUUAUUAUCCUCAGACACUGGGACGAGAACCUGCAGCUUAACAUGCUCUGCUACAAUCCCAACAGUGUCUGAGGCUGAUCGCAUUGCAUGGAUCAACCUCCACUCUGACAUAUCCAACAAUACUAUGCUAACAGACUCAUGCUUCAUUUACUACUAUCUGUUGUUUGCCGUUUUGGGUUUGGCAGAAAUUGUCAGUGCAGUUAUUGUGAGCAUUGUGCAGUUGAAGUGAUUCUGUUGUGAUAACUUGAGAGACUUAAGAUGUCUCCUAAGAAGCCCAAACUUGUUGUCUCCCAGUGGGACACGGACCAUGCAUUCACCCACUAUGGGUCUAACUUAAAAAGAGUGUAUCCACAUGGUGAAGGAAAUCUGACAUGUAACAGCAAACAAGCUGUCGAGCAACUUGCUGGUUAUGUACAUAUUUGAGAAAAAAUAUGUUUAUGAAUAUAUAUAUAUAUGUUUAGUAUUUCCAUCAUAUUGAUGUCCAGUGAUGAAAGAAUCUGCUUAAGCUAUAACAAGAUACAUAUCUUUUGCCAUAUGAACAUAAACAGAAAUAACACUAUGAACAAAAUAAUCAAUGAAAUCCAAUAUACAUUUAUAUUAUAUACACAUAUGUUAUAGCGGGGGAGAGCGCAGGAAGCAGAGACAGAGAGUGGUUCACUGACCGAAGGCAUUUUACUAAACAACAAAGUUCGUCUAACGGUCUACUCUCCCCUUCUCCAGGUUCAGUCUGUACAUACAUUUCACAGCUUUUGCUCCCUGUCUAAUGGCCUCCCAGAUGGCAUAACAAGGAGCACCCGUGCCUUGUUGGAGUGGAGGAGGCAACCCAUCUCCGGGACUGUUCCCCUGGCAUCCGGCAGCUUCUCUGGGGAGGUGAGCUGCGUUCAAUAUCCCCAAUCUCGGCAUGGCCCCUGGAACUUUGCUGGUGAGGGGCAGUGGUGCAACUUUGAUAGUCCUGCCGUCCCCCACCCCAAACAUGGAGACCUGUCUCGGCAGGCUCGAGGGGAGGUCCGUGGCCUUUGCCCGGAGGGCGAGAAUGUGGGAGAGUCUGUUGGCAUUACCAUGCUGGGCCCUACCCUGUGUAGGAGUAGUCCUGGAGGGCGAGGAAGCACUGGAUCACGCAGACAUUGGUGUCCUGUGGCUGUCCCAUCCACUGCAGUGUCCCGGAUGGUUGUACUACAGUGACUGGAGCCCCACUGGAGCCAAAUGGCAGGACCCAAUAACCGCUGUCAAUAACCCAGUGACCACUGGGGGAGCUAAAGGCAGUCUUUCAUCGACCGGCUGGUGGGAGUGGGACCUGCCAGUAACCUUUGGUCAGCUCCAGGGUGGAGAUUAACCAAGCCCUGCCCUGACCCACUUGACUAGCAUGUCCAAUCAGGGCAUGGGCUAGCUGUCAAAUCAGGAGACCUUGUUCAGUCUCCGGAAGUCGUUGCAGAGCUGGAGGGUACCAUCAGGCUUUGUGGCAACGACCACAGGGUUGGACCACAGGCUGCAGGACGUCCAGUUCAUCCAUUCCCCUCACUCCUCAAUCGCCUGAUGGCACGGCUCAAGGAUCCGUUGUGUCCACUCUUUUUCUUUACUCCCUUUUUCCACUACAUUCUCACUUUCUGCUGGCUGUUGGCCUGUUAUGUUGCCUACGGUCACUUGCGCAGCAGACCAGGGCCUCCGGCUCAUUGCACACACACACACGCAGUCAAUACUUUCACUGAGCUUCUGCUCCCCCUGCUUAUAACCGCCCAAUCGUACCUAACAAAUGCUUCUGCCAUGUUCUUUGGGAAAGUGAGCUGCAUUCAAUAUCCUUGCACUCGGCAUGGACCUGAAUCUCCACCUUCGGCACGUUACGAUGAAUUAGGCUGCUGCGCCACAUCUUAUCUGCAGUAUCUCACAGAAGUGAGUACACACCCUCACAUUUUUGUAAAUAUUUGAUUGUCUUUUCAUGUGACAA